AUGGAAGGUCAGAAUCAUAUAGCUGUGAAGGAAUUCUUUCUAAUAGGCUUAAAUGAAAAUCCUAAAUUUCAUAUUCCUCUCUUUCUGCUUUUCACCCUCAUUUAUCUCAUCGCACUGUUAAGUAACUGGGGGAUGAUCCUCUUGAUCUGGUUAAAUGUCCGACUGCACACCCCAAUGUACUUCUUCCUCAGCAACCUCGCCUUUUGUGACAUCUGCUACUCCACUGUCUUUAUUCCUAAGAUGCUGGUCGAUUUCUUGUCAAAACAUAAGUCCAUGACAUUCUCUGGCUGUGUUCUACAGAGUUUCUUUUUUCUGGUAUAUGUAACCACGGAGGGUAUCCUACUGUCCAUGAUGGCUUAUGACCACUAUGUGGCCAUAGCAAAGCCCUUGUCAUAUUCAGUCCUUAUGACCCAAAGUGUCUGUGUUCAGAUGGUUCUUGCAUCAUACCUGGGUGGGCUCAUUAAUGCCCUGACACACACUCUAGGUCUGCUCAAGCUGGACUUCUGUAGCCCCAACAUCGUGAAUCAUUUCUUCUGUGACAUUCCCCCUCUUCUGAGGCUGGCUUGCUCUGAC